AUGACGCCAGGGUCAGUGACAGUUCAUGCCCUAGAUGCAGGCCAUCUCACCCUCCCCGAAGCCUUCUUCGUAACACCACUCGAGAACCAAACAGCGAGAAAGACCGUCCCCUCGCUCUCCUUUCUCAUCCAACACACCGACCAGCAAACAUCCAAAACAACACGCAUCCUAUUCGACCUUGGCAUCCGCAAAGUCCUAACUGACUACGCCGAGCGGAUAUACAAACACGCCAUGACCCGCCAACCACUCUCCGGCGUCCCUGAUACCGUGGAAUCUCUAGCCGCAGGGGGUCUAUCACCAGACGACAUCGACCUCGUCAUACUGAGCCAUCUCCACUGGGACCACAUCGGGACGCCAGCCGACUACCCACAAUCCUCCUUCAUCAUCGGCCCCGGCGCUGCAAAUCUGAUUAACGGGAAAAAGGAGGUCAAAAACGGAAGCCACAGCCAUUUCGAGCGGGGCCUGUUGGAUGCAUCGCGCACAAUCGAGUUACGGGAUCCAGCCGUCGACGCGCCGGAUGUCGAUGGUCUUGAGUCUGUGUCUCAGUCUCUGCAUCCCAGGACAAGACAACAUGCAAAGAAUGGAUUCUCCAGGACAUGGAAGCCACUCGGGCCAUUCCCGCACGCCAUGGACGUAUUCGGUGAUGGAAGUGUCUAUGUUAUUUCCGCCCCGGGACAUCUGGACGGACACAUCAACUUACUCUGCCGAAAGGCAGAUGGGAGAUAUGUCUACCUUGCUGGCGAUGCUUGUCAUGAUGGACGGCUGCUGAGUGGGGAGAAGGAUAUCGCGACGUGGAGUGACCCUGUGUAUCCGGGUGUUGUAUGCUGUAUACACGCGGACAAGAAGGCGGCGGAGCGAACGCUGGAGCGGAUUCGGGAGACGAAGGGGGGGUUCACGGAACUGGGGGAUGUUGAGGUUGUUUUUGCGCAUGACGAUGUUUGGGCUGCAAGGGCGAAACAGGAUGGAAGAUAUUUUCCGGGGGAGUUGUAG